AUGGACAGCACCCAGGAGCCCCCAAACAGCAGCACCCCGGGGCCCUUCGAUGGCCCCCAGUGGCCCCACCAGGCCCCCCGGGCCAUGUACCUGGCGGUGGCCAUGCUGAUGGGGCUGGUGGUGGCCUCGGCCUCGCUGCUCAAUGGCCUGGUCAUCGUGGUGUCCGUCAGGCACCGGCGGCUGCGCUCGCCCCUCAACUACAUCCUGGUGAACCUGGCCGUGGCCAACCUGCUGGUGACGCUCUGCGGCAGCUCCGUCAGCCUCUCCAACAACAUCAGCGGCUUCUUCGUGUUUGGGGAGCGCCUCUGCCAGUUGGAGGGCUUCAUGGUGUCCCUGACGGGCAUCGUGGGGCUGUGGUCCCUGGCCAUCCUGGCCUUGGAGAGGUACCUGGUGGUCUGCAGACCCCUGGGAGACUUUCGGUUCCAGCACCGGCACGCUGCCAGUGGCUGUGCCUUCACCUGGGGCUGGUCCCUGCUCUGGACAACCCCACCACUCCUGGGCUGGAGCAGCUACGUGCCUGAAGGCCUGAGAACCUCCUGCGGGCCCAACUGGUACACGGGCGGCAGCAACAACAGCAGCUACAUCCUGGCCUUGUUUGUCACCUGCUUUGUGGUGCCCCUCAGCCUGAUCCUCUUCUCCUACACCAACCUGCUGCUGACCCUGCGGGCGGCCGCGGCGCAGCAGCAGGAGUCGGACACGACGCAGCAGGCGGAGCGGGAGGUGACACGCAUGGUGGUGGCCAUGGUGGUGGCCUUCCUCACCUGCUGGCUGCCCUACACCACCUUUGCACUGGUGGUGGCCACCCACAAGGACAUUGUCAUCCAGCCAGCCCUGGCAUCCCUGCCCUCCUACUUCUCCAAGACGGCCACGGUUUACAACCCCAUCAUCUACGUCUUCAUGAACAAACAGUUCCAGAGCUGCCUGCUGGGAAUGCUGUGCUGUGGUUACCACCCCAGGGGCAUGGGGAAAACCUCUCCAGUUGCCCCCAGUCCCCAGGUCGCUGCAGAGGGGCUGAGGAACAAGGUGACACCAUCCCACCCCGUGUGA